UAUAUUGCUGCUAGCUCCUGCAUUAAUGGAGUGAGAAGGAGCAGAGUGGGACCUGAGAUUCCAUGAAAGAAAUUGUAAGCCUAUCCACAAUAAACAGUUAGCUGAGUCAGCAUGGUGCAGCAUCCAAUGGAUAAGCCUUGGAAAAACCAAUUUCCACCACACCCAAAUCAACCAUGAGUAACCCCACACCCCCACAACCUUUUACUCUGUUAUUUUCUAUAUAAACGCAUGAACCCCUCCCUCCUCCUUCACUUCAAAACUCUCAACCUCAGCUUCCUCAAUGCUUGCCUCAUCCUCAACCCAAUUUCUCCAAUACCCAUUUCAAACCACCCUAUACCGACAACAACCUCAAACAAAACCGCCCUCUCUCAGAUUUCGCCCGCAUAAAACCGUUGCAGCUUGUACGGCGACAGGGGAGCAGACGACAGAGACACAGCAGCUUCGUUUUCGGGCUCAUCGAAUGGCUUCAACUGUUUCGUUGUACGAGGUUCUUGGGAUCCCCAUGAGCGCGAGUUGCCACGAGAUCAAGGCCGCCUAUAGGAGGCUGGCGAGAAUGUGCCACCCUGAUGUGGUGGCUAUCAACCGGAAAGAAACGUCGGCCGACGAGUUCAUGAAGAUCCAUACAGCGUAUUCCACGUUGUCCGACCCCGACAAACGUGCUUGUUAUGAUAGAGAGAUUUAUCGGUAUCGGCCGCGGCCCUAUGCUGCUUCGUCGGCGGCCAUGGCGACGGCGAUGUCUGGGUUCUCGGGAUAUACUAGCAGGAACUGGGAGACCGACCAGUGUUGGUAGCUAAAAUUAGAUUUAUAAUCAUAAAUAUAUACAUACGUAUAUAUCAGUAUAUGUAUGUAUAUUAUAUUAUAUAUAGGAUCAUCAUCCUGUUCUUCACUUUCUGUAAUCAAUGUUUUGAGAUUUGAAAGCAGAGUAGAGAGAAGUAAGAACAGAGCUAACGAUGCCGUUUCUUUUUUGUAAUGGGCAUUCCUAGCUUUUCACUUUUUAGAGAGGGCCCUGAAAAAUGUUUUCAGGUAUAUAUAUAUAUAUAUAUAUAUAUAUAUAUAUAUAUAUAUAUAUAAUUUGUAUGUCUUUUAAUCCACUUUUUGAGUUCAUAAUUUCAUAAUUAAUUUAUAUC